AUGGAUCGCGUUGUGGUCCGCAACUUCAAAACUUACGCCGGCGAAGUCACGAUCGGACCGCUGCAUCGGUCGCUCAAUGCGAUCAUCGGCGCGAACGGCAGCGGCAAAAGCAACAUCGUCGACGCGGUCUGCUUCUGUUUCGGCAUGCGGGCGAGUCGGCUGCGCAACAAGAACCUGACCGGUUUGAUCCACCAAUCACAAGGUUUAGCGUGCAGCGAGGCCGCUGUGGAGAUCUAUCUCAACGUUCUGGCGGACCAAUCCGGUGGUCCGUCCAUUAGCAGCUUCAGCGUGGGGCGAGACAUUUCGCUCAACUCGCGCAGUCGCUAUUUUUUGAACGGCGCGGUCUGCAGUUACGCCGACGUCGAGCAGAAACUGAGCAGCUACGGCGUCGACCUCAACACGAACCGGUUUCUCGUGCUGCAGGGCGAGAUCGAGCGCUUGGCAGCGCUGCCGCCGAUCGCGCCCGACGGCAGUCGGAACGGACUACUGGAGCUGUGCGAGUCGAUCAUCGGCACUGACGUUCUCGUGCCGAGCAUCGCAGCGCUCGAACAGAAAAUCGCUUGGUACCGCCUGAAACACACGCUGGUUUGCUUCGGCAGCCUCGAAGAAGCGCGCAAAAUCGCGUUUUGCGGCAAACAGAAGUUUCGCGUAGUCACGUUGAACGGCGAGCUGAUCGAAAAGAGCGGCAGCAUUUCAGGCGGCAUGGUGUUCACGCGGUGGGGCGACGCGGAUUUAGAGCUCGUCGACUCGAACCCGUUCGCGAGCGGCGUCUCGUUGACGGUGCGCCCGCCAGGCAAGAGUUGGCGGCCGCUGAGCUCGCUGAGCGGCGGCGAGCGAACGAUGACUUCGCUCGCGCUGAUUUUCGCGCUGCACCACUUCAAGCCGAGUCCUUUCUUCUUCCUAGACGAAAUCGACGCAGCGCUUGACGUGCGAAACGUAGUGAUUCUCGCACUGUUCGUACGCUCGAAUUUGGUGCCGCCGACGCAAAAUUUUGCGGUCCUUCGCACUGUGUUCCGACUUCAACUCUAA